CCAUACGAAAUGCUCGAAGUCAGAGAGAGAGAGAGAGAGAGAGAGAGAGAGAUGGCCGGAAACCUUUCUGUUUCAGAGGCAAAAUCAGUGGGGAAAAGCAUUCAAGAGAUGUCCAUGGAUGGGGAUGAACCUCCACUGCAGUUUGUUGUGAAGGAGCAUACCUUCGGCUCCAAGCAGCAUGAUUCUUCUUCUGAAUCGAUUCUCAUACCCAUCAUCGAUGUGAGUCUCCUCUUAUCUUCAGAACAAGAGCUUCUCAAGCUUAGAUCUGCUCUUGCCUCUUCUGGAUGCUUCCAGGCAGUAGGUCAUGGAAUGUCAAGCUCAUUUCUUGAUAAGGUACGUGAAGUUGCAAAGCAGUUUUUUGCACUUCCUGUGGAAGAGAAGGAGAAGUAUGGAAGAGCUGUGAAUGAAUCUGAAGGGUAUGGCAAUGACAGAAUAGUUUCAGGGAAGCAGGUCCUAGAUUGGUGUUAUCGCCUAACUCUUAAAGUGUUUCCAGCAAACAACAGAAGGCUUGCUCUCUGGCCUGAAAAUCCUGUUGAUUUCAGGGAGACACUGGAGGAGUUUUCCUUUAAAACAAAGGCAAUGAUGGAUCAACUGUUGAGAAGCAUGGCAAGGUCGUUAAAGGUGGAAGAGAACAGCUUCUUGAAGCAGUUUGGGGACAGUGCAAUGAUGAUGGCAAGGUUUAACUUCUACCCUCGAUGCAGCAGACCUGAUAUGGUUCUUGGCGUGAAGCCUCACACUGAUAGAUCAGGAAUCACAGUUCUGUUGCAAGACACUCAAGUCGAAGGCCUUCAAGUGCUGAUUGAUGACGCUUGGAUUAAUGUCCCCACAAUACCUGAAUCUCUUGUCGUCAAUCUUGGUGAUCAAAUGCAGAUAAUGAGCAAUGGAAUUUUCAAGAGUCCAAUGCACAGGGUUUUGACAAACGAAAAGAAGUUAAGGAUGUCAGUGGCCAUGUUUAACGAGCCAGAUCCAGAUGCAGAAAUAGAACCUGUGGAAGCCCUAAUUGAUGAGACAAGGCCAAAAAUGUACAGAAAUGUAAAGAAUUAUGGUGUCAUAAAUUACCAGUGCUAUCAGGAAGGUAAGGUAGCACUUGAGACUGUUAGAGUUGGCACAUGAUUAAUUCCGGUCAAUCAGAAAUGACUCUGUUUUAGAUACAAGUCACUGUAGUGAUUAAAUAAAUAAGACCCCCGUGUUUGGAGCAGGAUAGCCUACUGGGUAUCUCAUCUCAAUCAUGCUCCUUAUUUACAUAUGAUAUGAAUUUACAAAAUGCAUUAAUUAUUAGAUUUAAAUUUGAAAUUAAA